UUAAGUAAUCAGACCUCCAAGCUAUUGGGUUCAGUCUCUCUACGAAUUUAUCAAGAGUCUACAAAUGAAGUUCGUGUUAAUAUUUAUAUUUUUGGUGACAUUUGUCACUUACAUUCAAGCCGCCGAUUACCAAUGGGGUGAGCCUGAUGGCCCAAAGGACUAUCUUAUAGCAAAGGAUAAAGUCAAGAAAAUAUUCUUUUUGGGCCUAAGAGUUACAAAGAAAUACAUAUUUAAACAAAGGGAUACCGAUGCAUUAACAAUAACUGCUAUCAGAAUCACUGAUAUUAAGAAGAAAUAUGACUCAACAGCUGAAAUUAUAAGCGGAGGACUUGGAUCAAAAGGCGUUGCCAUAAGAUUUAAGUCGAAAAAGAGCAAAAGCAUCAAAUCACUAGUGGAAAUUUGGGGACGAUGAAGGUUUUUUGUUCAAACUCCAUUAAAACUGUGUUAAAAAGUAUACCAAAAUAAAGUAUUAUUAUUAAACUUUAGAUGCCAAAAUGAACAAUAAUAAAUUGAAAUGUUUAAAAAUCAA